UCUUAACGCCGUUGCUUCGCAGGCGCCGAGUGAGAGCGGUAACCGGGCUGCCUCCGCCACGCUGGGCUGAUUCCUCGAGGGGUUGCCGCUGUCUCUCCGGGCCGGCACCAUGCAGACCUUUCUGAAGGGGAAGCGGGUGGGUUACUGGCUGAGUGAGAAGAAGAUCAGGAAGCUGAAUUUCCAGGCCUUCGCCGAGCUGUGCCGGAAAAGAGGAGUAGAAGUAGUACAGCUUGACCUCACGAAACCCAUUGAAGAACAGGGCCCUUUGGAUGUGAUCAUACACAAACUGACAGAUGUCAUCCUUGAAGCAGACCAGAAUGACAGCCAGUCACUGGAGCUGGUUCAAAGGUUCCAGGAGUAUAUUGACGCUCAUCCAGAAACCAUUAUCCUGGACCCUCUUCCAGCUAUUCGCACACUUCUGGACCGAUCCAAGUCUUAUGAGCUAAUUCGGCAAAUAGAGGCAUACAUGCAAGAUGAGAGGAUUUGUUCACCACCCUUUAUGGAGCUGACAAGUGCCUGUGGAGAAGAUACCUUGCAGCUUAUAGAGAAGAAUGGACUGGCAUUCCCAUUCAUUUGUAAAACCAGAGUGGCCCAUGGAACCAACUCUCAUGAGAUGGCGAUCAUCUUCAACCAGGAGGGCCUGAAAGCUGUUCACCCCCCUUGCGUCAUUCAGAGCUUCAUCAAUCACAAUGCCGUGCUGUAUAAAGUCUUCGUGGUUGGGGAAUCCUACACAGUGGUGAAAAGACCAUCUUUAAAGAACUUCUCUGCAGGAAUCUCAGACAGAGAAUCAAUAUUUUUCAACAGCCACAAUGUUUCAAAACCGGAAUCGUCAUCUGUCUUAACAGCACUGGAUAAAAUCGAAGGAGUAUUUGAGCGGCCAAAUGAUGACGUCAUCCGGGAAAUCUCGAAGGCUCUGCGGCAAGCUCUGGGAGUUUCCCUCUUUGGAAUUGAUAUCAUCAUUAACAAUCAGACUGGGCAGCAUGCCGUCAUUGAUAUAAAUGCAUUCCCAGGUUAUGAGGGUGUUUCUGAAUUUUUCACAGAUCUCCUGAACCACAUAGCUGCUGUCCUGCAGGGUCAGGCACCUGAGGUGACCCAGCUAAACCGCAGCAAGCUCCUGGCAGAGCAGACCAGCGGGAUCAUGGACGAGCGGAUAUGCUGCAGUAGCACAGGCUGUCUCAGCGUCAUGGGAAAAGACUCCUCCUGGAUUGUGGAAAGUGAGACCAACAGCUCAGUAAAACUGCAACACCAGAGACUAGGCUGCAACUCGGCAGUGUCCCCCAGCUUCCAGCAGCACUGUGUCGCUACGUUGGCAACAAAAGCUUCUUCUCAAUAACUUGCUAAUGCCAUCCAUGGACUGAGAAAAAGCCACAGGGAUACAAAUUGUGGUCCCAGAACCAGAUCAGGCUGUAACAGUACAUGUGAAAUUGAAAACAAAACAAAACCAACAAACCACAAUGUAGAAAAACAAAAUGAAAAUCCCUUCCAUUUCAUUUAACCUAAUUGGCUGAUGAAAUGGACUGAAAGGGGGAGGGCAAGAAAGUGAUUCAGGUCCAUUUCAUCAGAUUCCAGUUGCAAGUCUAUAGUGAGUUUACACACACGUGGGUUUUAACACUAGUCCUUUCAUUGUGGGAGGGUUGCUCUUUCAUUUCUAUUGUUCUUUUUAAUCACUGGUGACCAGCAUUUUAAAAUCGGACCUCAUGGUUUCAAGAAGAUAAUAAUGUUGAAUGCAGUGUCUGAAUGCAACAGUGCAAGAGAUUUUUGCCUAAAAUAUUCCCUGUUCCCUUUUUCCAGGUAGGCCAUUGCGAAAGAAAACUAAGACAACUUCAGUAUCAGUAAACCAAAUUUCUGAAAACAUUAACCAUCCAAGAUAUUGACAGCUUGCUGUAAAGCCAUGGCACUUUGAGUGGGACAGAGCAGUGUGGUUGUUCAGGGUGCAGAACAGAGGUGAUCACCCCUGUUGCAGCUUUGCAGUCCUCCCCCCAGGCCUCCUUGCUUCAAUCAAAAGCAGCUCCUAACCAUGUUUGCCAACAGCGGCACAUGUUCGAUCUGGACAGGAUGCUGAUAGCUAGGUUGAGUGAUUUAGUAAAUUAAAUGUAAUCCUUUCUAUUGUCUGCUAGUGUUGAAGUCCUAGAAGAAUUAAUAGAAGCAGCUCAUCUCUUAGAAGAGAAUUUGAUUCUCCCUCCAUUGCACUUGUGAGGACUCUGGGACAGCUCUGCAAAAAGGCUGCAGAGACACACAUUUCGUUGAAGCAAUACACCUGAUCUGCAGAUCCUAAGGGGUAUCACAGUUGCUACCUUCCAGAGAUCCAUACUGCUGUGCAUUUUCUUUUCUUUUGCAAAUUAAAUAUAAGCAGAAUUGUGUACCUUUGUAUGAGGUAGAAGUGCACAACAGCUCUAGCUUAGAGACCACAUCAUUUUGUUGCAAGCUGCCAGAUGAGGCUGUGUGGUAAUUUACAAUGGCAGUUUAUACUAUUUGUGAACUACAACACAGCCUAUUUGUAUCUCUUGAGAUACGCAGUAAACUUAGUGUUCACCCUCUAUUGCAUCAUCUAGCAUGGCAGCAUCUUCUGUUAAGAAUUCCUCCAACUUUUGCCAAUUCUGAACACUAAACUGGAAGUAUGUAUGUCUGUCAGCGCUGAGAACAGAGACUCUAUUUUGGUAGACAGAGAGGCCUUCCUUUCCCCAUAUAGGCCCUUUUAGGGAUUAUAACAUAUUUUAUAAGUUUAAGAGGGGUAGCGUUAAGAAAAUUUUCUUAGUUAAGCUUCUAGAUUGCAGAUAUGGGAAUUUCUGCCUUUCUGUAGCAGGUAUUUGUAAAGCAUCCAUCACUGCAGCAUUUAAUACCAGUUUGGUUAGUGUCAUGUGUUAGAUAUCUACUCAAAAGGAAAGGAUCUAGAGCUUAAAGCCCAGGUAGACCAUGGAGAGAGGAUGAAACUGUGUAAAAGAUGUUACUACCCUACCAGUUUGUAUAAGUCCUUGAGGGGAAAAAGUUUUGAGGAGUGUUGUAUAGCAGUUCUUUUGUGUAAACAGUGUUUCUGUCAUUGGAGAGAUUGGGUUAAUUCCCAAAAUGCCAAUUUUAGGAAUUUACUGUAGCCAGGAUUGGAUUUGCAAGGCUGAUAUACACAAGAAAGGUUAUUCACCUUUAGAGGGGUUACUAACUUUAAGGUAUUUCUGUAGAGACUGGAAGGACCUUAUGAGUGUGAUAUCUGCACAAUUCCAGGGUGCAUGUAAAUGCAGCCAACUUCCUCAGCUGUUGCAGAUCAGUUCUGAACUGGGCACACUUAACAAUCCUUGUAUGCUUCGAAGCUGCUGGAUCCCACAUUGUCUGUAGCUUGCAGAUCUUGAGUGGUUGUGGUGUGAGUCAGAUGUACAUAGGUAAGGGUUUAUAAAGGUAUUCCUGACAGACCAAACUUUUCGUAAAGCCAUGACUGAAAUAAAUUUGACAUCUACA